CCUCUCUGAUUUAUGAAAAAAAAUAAUAAUUUAACAACUCCUCCAUCUUCGCUCUCAUGUCUGCCGCCUUCCCCAAAAGUGUAAAAAACCCUAACCACCUCUUUAUCUCUCUCCCACAUUUUCACUGUAAAUUUACACUACCAUUUGCAAAGUUUCUUGUUCAUCUUUACUUUGAUUUACUUAAUUACUUUAGCUCAUCAUCAUCAUAGAGUAAUGCUAUGCAGCUGUUUUAAUUUUGUAAAAUAAGCUUCAGUUACUUUGGGUUGGUGAAGGUUGAUCGCAUGGGUUCUCAGAUGUAAAUGAAAGCAAGUGUUGCAGAUUUGAUUCAUACUAGUAUGGGAGUAAGUAGAUCGGGGAAGAUGAUGAAAUUGAAGUCCGUGGAGUCCGUUUUUACGAUUAUGAUUUUACUUUCUGUUUCAAUAAUCGGGAAAUCAGAGGUUUAUAUUGUCACCAUAGAAGGCGAACCAGUGAUUAGUUACAAAGGAGGUGUUAAUGGUUUUGAAGCCACUGAAAAACUCGAUGUCACAAGUGAUUUGGUAACAUCAUACUCGAGCCACUUAGAACAAAAACACGAUACAAUCCUUGACACAUUGUUCGAUGAUGGAAACUACAAAAAGCUAUACAGCUACAAGCAUCUCAUAAAUGGCUUCGCAGUUCACGUUUCUGAAGAACAGGCAGAGAUGCUUAGGCGAGCCCCAGGUGUGAAAUCAGUGGAUAAAGAUUGGAAGGUGAGGAAACUGACCACACAUACGCCGGAAUUUUUGGGGCUUCCCACCGGAGUUUGGCCUACCGGAGGUGGAUUUGACAGGGCCGGAGAGGAGAUAGUGAUCGGAUUUGUGGAUUCUGGUAUUUUUCCAUAUCAUCCGAGCUUUGAAAAUCAAAACACAGAACCCUAUGGUCCGAUUCCAAAAUAUCGAGGGAAAUGUGAAGUUGAUCCUGAUACAAAGAAGAGUUUCUGCAAUGGAAAGAUUGUUGGUGCUCAACAUUUUGCAGAAGCUGCCAUGGCUGCUGGUGCUUUUAAUCCUGAAGUUGAUUUUGCUUCUCCUCUUGAUGGUGAUGGACAUGGAAGUCACACUGCUGCAAUUGCUGCCGGAAACAAUGGAAUUCCUGUUCAAGUGCAAGGCUAUGAAUUCGGGAAAGCAAGUGGAAUGGCUCCCCGAGCAAGGAUCGCUGUUUACAAGGCACUCUACCGGAAUUUUGGAGGAUUUGUCGCUGACGUGGUGGCCGCCAUUGAGCAGGCGGUUCACGACGGUGUCGACAUUCUAAACCUCUCAGUCGGGCCCAACAGCCCACCCGCCACCACAAAAACCACCUUUCUAAACCCCUUCGACGCCACACUUCUCUCCGCCGUCAAAGCCGGCGUUUUUGUAGCACAAGCCUCCGGAAACGGAGGCCCCGCAGCCAAAACCAUAGUGUCUUACAGCCCAUGGAUCGCAUCCGUAGCUGCCGCCGUCGACGACCGCCGUUACAAAAACCAUUUAACACUCGGAAACGGAAAAAUCCUCGCCGGAACCGGUUUAUCACCGUCUACCGGCCCAAAUAAGAAGUUUACAAUGGUGGCUGCUAAUGAUGUGUUGUUGGAUUCUUCUGCGAUGAAGUCCAGUGCAUCAGAUUGUCAAAGACCCGAAGUUUUAAACGGAAUUAUGGUGAAAGGGAAUAUUCUGUUAUGUGGGUAUUCUUUUAAUUUCGUUAGUGGGUCCGCAUCCAUUAAAAAAGUUGCAGAAACAGCAAAGAGUCUUGGCGCCAUUGGAUUCGUUCUUGCUGUUGAAAACGUGUCUCCUGGAACAAAGUUCGAUCCUGUUCCUGUUGGCAUUCCCGGGAUUGUGAUCACAGAUGUUAGCAACUCAAUGGAGCUUAUAGACUAUUACAAUGUGUCUACUUUGAGGGAUUGGACUGGAAGAGUGAAGAGUUUUAAGGGAACAGGAAGCAUUGGAAAUGGUAUGGAGGCUAUACUUUAUAAAUCAGCACCAAUGGUGGCAUUGUUCUCUGCUCGUGGCCCAAAUAUAAAAGAUUAUAAAUUUCAAGAUGCAGAUCUUUUGAAACCCGAUAUUUUAGCUCCUGGUUCCUUGAUUUGGGCUUCUUGGUCUCCAAAUGGAACCGAUGAGCCCAAUUACGUAGGAGAAAAGUUUGCUAUGAUCUCGGGAACAAGCAUGGCUGCACCACAUAUAUCUGGAAUAGCAGCAUUGAUAAAGCAAAAACAUCCUGAUUGGAGUCCAGCUGCCAUAAAGUCAGCAUUAAUGACUACAUCAAACACACUAGACCGAGGGUACAGGCCCAUUCUGGCCCAACAAUAUUCCGGGGCAGAAACACUCACAUUUAUCCCCGCAACGCCUUUCGAUUACGGAAGCGGUCAUGUCAAUCCCCGGGCCGCCCUAGACCCUGGCCUCAUAUUUGAUGCAGGUUACGAAGACUAUCUUGGAUUUUUAUGCACGACUCCUGGGAUCGACUCACACGAGAUUCUAAACUACACGCAUCAACCGUGCAACUACACGCUCGGGCAUCCGUACAAUCUGAAUUCGCCAUCUGUCGCGAUUUCCCACCUUGUUGGAACUCAAACUGUCACUCGAACAGCCACAAAUGUCAAUGAAGAAGAAACCUACACCAUCACUUCAAAAAUGGGACCCGCGAUAGCCAUUGAAACUAGCCCGCCGGCUAUGACCAUAGGACCGGGUGCAUCGCAAAAGUUCACGGUUACUCUGACCGUCCGGUCAGCUAGUGGGGCCUACAGUUUUGGGGAGGUUUUGUUGAAAGGAGACAGAGGGCAUAAGGUCAGGCUGCCCGUGGUUGCCAUGGGUUAUGAUCGUUAAUUUGGGUGGGGUGGGGUGGGUAUUUAGUAUUUACUAUGAUAUUAUUAUAUUCUUUAUAAAAAGUUGGAAAAUAAUUAAGAGGUGUAAAGAGAAAGUAGUAUAAAAUAGAGGAUGCUUGCUUGGUUUCUUCUGUUGCUAUUAAGUUUUGCUGCUGUGGAGGUUGUAACGUAUGCUUCUUUGUAUGUACGUUGGUGGAAUAUAUGCUUUGGUGAAGUGGGGAGGCAUUGGUUCAUUGAUGGAAUGCAUAUGUAUUUGUGUUCCUCUAUAAGUUUUGUGUAUGUAAAAAAGGAAUUUUUGAGUUUAAACAAGUAGCCAUUUUUGGCAUGUUAAGCUAAA